UGUGCACAUUCGCUGUGGCAUGUGCAACUUUUAAUAGGACAUAUUUUGGCUGUGCGGGGCACCAGUAUGUAUAUAUAACUUACAAGUUAUGAUUGAAUAUGGUACACACGUGACUUGUUGAUAAUAUUCUAGAUAUAGAUCUAGCGUGAUAUUUCAAUGUGAAAAUAAAAGUUGAGUUUCUGAGAAACUGGAGCAAGUUUAAUUAUAUUGACCCUAGCAGGCUGACACAAGGACGAAUAAAUGUACAAAUUGGGUGGUUUGUACGACAAAUUUUUACAUUGAUGUUGAUUGAAACAAAGCGUGAAAUAUCACCGACCGGGGAAGUAAAUAUAUCUCAAAUAGUUGUUGUUUAAAAUCACGUGAUCGAUGACACCGGAGUCAAGGAAAAAUAAGGCGCCCAGGUGUGACGAGAGACAAGAACGUUUGCUGGCGAGAAGGAGUAUUUGUCUUGAUGUCAUAGUGAUCUAGUAAGAGUAUUUACCUGUAAGACUGUAGACUAUAGUGUUUUAAUCCUUUUGAUUUAUAUACGGUAUGUUAUAUGCCGCGUUUAUAUACCGGGGUCAAGGCAAGAUAAAGUGCUCGAGGUGACUUAAAUAAGAGAAGGAGAUGUUGUGUUGUUGUUAGUGAUCUAGCAGACUAUGUACCUGGAAGACUGUAGAUAAGAGGUGUUGAUGUUAUAGUGAUCUAGCAGACUAUUUACCUGGAAGACUGUAUAGCGUUUCAAUCCUUCUAGUAUAUUGAACCAACUAGUUCAUUCUAUAGCUUUAUCUAGUUUCAACUCGUAUUUGGUGUAACUAGUGUAUUUAAACAUGGCUGAACAGACAGACAAGGAUUUGUGUAGUAUUUGUUUACACGAAUUUCAGUUACCUGUAAUUCUCGGCUGUCGGCACACGUUCUGUUUCAUCUGUUUAGAAGAUUAUAUGAAGAAAACCUCUACAACUAAAGGCCAGUUCCAAUGUCCGUUAUGUCUGUGUCUUAUAGACGGGGGUAAACUAAACAUUGAGGUCAAUUCUACUAUUCCACAAUGUGAUGUAUGUACUGAAGAUACAUCUCAAUACUUUUGUCGAGACUGUGAUCAAUAUUUAUGUAAAUCGUGUAAAACCACGCACAAUAAGUUAAAAUCUUGUAAAGACCACGUUCUUUGUCGAUAUGAUGAUACACAAGUCUGUCAACAAUCAAACAAAUCAAUGCAAGGAAAGACCCCAGCCACUUCCGUGACACAUCCGAAAGAUUUCUGUCCAAACCAUGAAGGAGAGACAGUAAACAUCUACUGUAAAGGUUGUUUACUAGCCGUUUGUUUCAACUGUUUGGUGGCCGAUCAUAACGGACAUAAGUUUUUAGAUUUAAAGAAAGAUGAGGUCCGACAAAGUAUCAGGCAAGACUUAAAAACGCUAAAUGAAGAUUUAGAAAAACAAAUUACCGAUUUUCAGAAACAUUAUGAUAAUUUAAAUAGUAAGUUAACUGAAGUCAAAAACUUUACAAAAACAGAAUGCGACAAAGUGGAUACACAGGUGAAAAAAAUCUGCUCAGAAUUUCGUAAAAUCGGGGAAAAUAUUAAAAAGGAAAUGAAGAAAUCUAGUGAAAAGGAAGAAUCCAAAUUUGGGAAACUAAUGGAAGACAUUAAAAGACUAACAGAAGAUUUAAAAGUCAGUGUUAAAUAUUCAGUGAAUGUUUUAGAAGAUUCUUCCAUUGUUCAAGUUUUGCAAAGAUUACUUAAAGUUAGACAGGAGAAAGAUGAAAAUUGUUGUAGAAAAUUGGAUAUACCUGAUGUAAGAUAUUCAACAUUUCAAGUAGCAGAGAUAAAUAAAACUUUGUUAACUAAUCAACUUGGUAAAAUUGUAAGUUGUCAUCAGAAUAUGUUUAAAGAUAUUUUUGAUCUACAAAAUGUGCCAGGGACCGGUCAGGGUUUCUAUUAUGGUAAACACCAUGUAGUUUCAGGUUUUACAUGGAGUAUCACUGUGUAUAAAGGCUCAUCAUCAUUACGUGCUUUGUUAUAUCUUACAGAUGUAGAAGAUAAAACUAUUACGUCAUGUAAAAUUGACGUCACAUAUAAAGUCAUAAAUAAAACAGAUAAUAGACAAUCUGUAGUUAAACAAUGCAAUGGGACUGUUGAACCUGGUUGUCAGUAUGCAUACUGUUAUACUGAUAUUAUUGACUGGAAGAGACUCAGUAAUCCUGUCAGUGGAUUUAUUGAUGAUCAUAAAAACUUUACAAUUCAGGUAACAGUUAAUAAAAUAACUGACAUUAAAAGACGUGAAUAAUAAGGUUACUGUUAUUCGGAUUAAAACCAAUAAUUGAACGGGUGGCUGAAUUAUCUUUAAAUAAUCUAAUUAUUAUGAUGCAGGGAGAUAAACUAUUUUCUUGUUGA